GAGACAUCCGCGAACGCAGUGCUCGAGCGAUCGUCGGGAUUACCGUACAGCCCGCCGCCUUUCGACGCGAGCCGUUAACGUCGAACAAUUUACUGAACGGACCUGCGUCGCUGGACCAUACGGAAAAGUAUUCUACGAAGAUCCCGUGUCUACGGAUUUAACCCGAGUUUAUUUUGAAGCGUGCGCAAUUUAAACGUACCGCGAUGGAUCAGGCGAGUGAAAUACAAUCGUUCUACAGUGGACGCUCAAUUUUCAUUACCGGAGCCUCGGGCCUGAUGGGUAAGGUCUUACUCGAAAAGCUUCUCUACUGCUGCAGUGAUUUGAAAUGCAUCUACAUCCUUCUUCGCCAGAAACGUGGACGCUCGGUGGAAGCUCGUGUCGACGAUAUGUUCAAACUCCCGAUGUUUCACCGUGUCCGAAAAUUAAAUCCCGCCUUGAUGGAAAAAGUAGUGCCGAUGGAGGGUGACGUGACACUGGAUAACCUUGGGCUGGACGAACAACAACGAAAAACUCUUGCCGAGGAAGUAUCGAUUGUGUACCAUUGCGCGGCUACUCUUCGCCUGGAAGCUAAACUAAAAGAUGCCGUCGAAAUGAAUACGGUGGGUACGAGUAGGGUGCUUGAACUCUGCGGGACAAUGAAAGGGCUGAAGUGCUUGUUGCACCUUAGUACAGCCUUCUGCCAUGUGGACCAGGAUGAACUUGGCGAGAGGGUUUACGAAGCGAACGAGGACCCUCGGGACGUAAUGCGUAUGAUACAAUGGAUGGAUGAAGAUGCCAUUAACCUCGUAACACCAAAAUUAAUCGAACCACAUCCAAACACAUACACGUACUCGAAGAGGCUUGCCGAAACACUGGUCGCCGAUGAAUACGCAACAUUGCCUUGCGCGAUCGCCAGACCAUCGAUUGUAACCCCAGCAUGGAAAGAACCGCUACCUGGGUGGGUGGACAGCCUUAACGGACCCGUGGGACUCAUCGUAGCUGGCAGCAAAGGUGUCCUACGGUCAAUGCACUGCAACGGCAACUAUCACGCAGAAGUUGUCCCCGUUGAUUUGGCAAUAAAUGCCCUCAUAGUCAUCUCUGUAAAAAUCGGUACAGCAAAAGAAAAGCCGAAGAAAAUACCUGUUUACAACAUCACCCAAAGUGGGGUAGUGCCAAUCACUUGGGGUGAAGUCCUUGAGAAGGGAAAGAAGAUUGCGCGUGAGUAUCCCUUUGACGGAGCUAUCUGGUAUCCGGACGGUGACAUACGGAGCAGCAAGUUUGUACACGAACUCUUCGUCUUCUUCUUCCACCUGAUUCCGGCCUAUUUCAUCGAUUUUCUAAUGCUGUUAUUCCGACAGAAGCGUUUCAUGGUCCGCAUUCAAAGACGUAUCUCCGACGGCCUCGAGGUUCUCCAGUAUUUUACGACACGCGAAUGGAUAUUCCACAACACCAAUCUGAUCAACCUUUCAAACGAGAUGAGUCCAAAGGACAAGGAGUUAUUCCCAAUUGAUUUUUAUAACAUCGAAAUAGUUACCUACAUGACCGAUGUUGUCCUGGGUGCAAGGCAGUACUGUAUGAAAGAAAAACUUGACACGCUUCCGAGGGCGCGGCGGCAUCUUAAAAUGUUGUACGUGAUUCAUAUCACCGCGGUCUACGCCUUUUACUUCGGAAUUAUUUAUUACGUAUGCAAGAAUUUUGAGACAGCCAGAUUCUGCCUUGACUUUGUCACGGAAGGCUUGAAAAGUGUCCCGAUUAUCGGAGGAUUGAUCGAGAGGGUGCAUUAGAAAAAAUGAUACUUAUACAUAUUAUAUUCCCGUUAACAGAAUGCGUCGGCCUACGCAGAGGGUUUGCAACGUAAACCCAACUAACCGAAACGACCGAAUCGAUUGCUCAACCGCUAUAUUAACUACUCGAUUAAGCACCAAGUUGAAGUGGAAUGGCUUUAGUUGAACUGGACAACCAAUCCCCAACAGAAGAAAAGCAAUUCUACAUUCCCGGGAAAACUUGUUUCGCGCGGUACUGAAGUUCACGCGAUUAACUAAUGGUAACAGUUUUUUGAACUUAACAUAACGUGCUCAAUACAAGCCCUGCAACUUGGUUCUAGAUGUAAAUUUUCAACAUGGCAUUACGAAUUAUUCAAUUCGUGUUUCUCUUAGCAGUGGUGUAACGAAUGUAGAAAAAUACGGCAAUGCAGUCGAAUAUACAUAUUAUGGGGAAAUCGGAGAGUGAAACAGGUUAUUUUUUUUUUUUUUAUUAUUAUUACUAUGGUUAUUAUUGUUGGUGUACAAUUGAUUGCAUGAGUAAAAAAUUCCAUCCGAGGAGAAACAAUCUACUCAAAAAGAUGAAUACAAUUAACCAACGCUUCGUGUUAAUAGGAUUACAGAUUUCUGUGGUGUUUUUUCUACCUGUAUUCUUGAGUUUUUACAAUACAUAUCUAUAAC